GUCCUGGAGCGGUCCAGGGAUGUCGUCGAUGAAGUGAGCAUUUCUCUCAGGCUUUGGGACACUUUCGGAGAUCACCACAAAGACAGGCGUUUUGCCUAUGGCAGGAUGUUUUGACAGUUUCCCCCACAUAACAUCUGUACUUAAAGAAGCCUCACUGCUCUUGGAACAAGAAAUCAUUUUUCCCUGCCCACCCCCCAAAAAAUGUACGGAGUGAUUCAGUGUGCUAACCAACAAAAGGAUACAUUCUCAGCCUCUAUUUUAGUGGGUGUUUAGACCACAGAGGAUACUGGCAUAUUGCCAGUUAGGAAAAAGUAUGUGGAAGGAGGCGUCAUAGGCCAUCUCUUUGGCCAUUGUCUCUCAGCCUUGGUUGGAAUUUGACCAUCGGAUGGCAAGACCUGAGGAUAAAAUUCUGCUCAGAGCACACACCAGACUUCUCCCACGUUCCUGUCUAGAUCAACGAGGCUCAAACAAACAAACGCAAGUUAAUAGUUAAUAUAUAAUCUUUCUUUUAACUAAUUUCAGUCUAAAGCAAUGGGGAUAGUGUUCUCUUAGCAGCUGGGUAAGAAAACAACGUUAUUCUAAGAUACACAUAAAAUUCUGAUUCAGUGGGUUAUCUUAACAUCUAUAAGAGUGUUGUUCUCGAUCCAACUCACUCUUAAAUUUUGAGCCAACAUAUUUGCGGAAUGUUGGAUCGUUUCCCAGUUCCCCGCAGAUUUCGAGCACUUAGAUCCCGAAGUGGCAUGAUAGGACUCUGACACCUCUGGACCUGCCUUGUGUCGUGGCAUCCUGCUGCUAGCAGAAGAUUCCAUUUGUCCCACUACCAUCACCCGCCGCCCCCCCCUGCGCUUUCCAGUUCCUGUCUGGGCUUGCUUGCAGGUCAUCUGGACAGUAACUCCCAUGUGGUCCAUGUCUUGAGUGGUAUCAUGGUUACCCUGCAACCAAGACAGCUCUGCUUUCAAAACCUCACUCUGCUACACCAUAAAAUUAGGCGGCAGAAUUGACAUUUAGUUACAUGUCUGUCAUAGAAAUGAAGUUCUUAAAAUCCUUCUCCUCACAGCUGUAUGCCUUAACAUGGAAACCGAAGACACCAAUUAGAACAAAUAAAUGAUAUAUAUUUCACACGCACACACACACACUCAAAGCAGUCCUCAACUUGGACAGUGGAUGUAUUUGCUUAAUUCACUGUCUGAGAUGCUGAACCACACAUAUUACUCUCACUAUGUCAAAAUUCUGUGGUGGUCUUAUCUUACGAUCAGAACAAAGCUUAUGGUAAUAUUUCAUUAGAUACCCAAUAUAAACAGGGUGAUGAAUAAUAGAAAACUAAGCCUGUAAAAAAAAAAGUAAUACUCAAAGCAUUUUUGGCUUUACUGGACACUGUUCUUUAUACUGAUUGGAAGUAAGAUUGAGUACAGAACAUUUUGGUAACUAAAUCAGAAUCUCAAAGAUAAGAUACGCCUCCUUUAAACUUGUAUAUUUAUGCAUACUUUUAUACAUAUUAUUUACAUAUUAUCCCAGCACACAGGAAGCACUGAUAAUAUCAGUACAGAAUAACACAGUUAUCUGCUUUGAGUCCUGGGUUUUCUUUUGUAACAGGAGAACAUCUUAAACUUAGAACUUUCCCCUCUGUUUGCUGUGGUCUGGUACAAUUUUUUUCCCCUGCAAAUACAUGGAAAGACACUACUUGAGAAUUAUAUUUAAUGCAAGCACCCCUGCCGCACUCUGCAUCAGAGAUUAAUAUUUUAAGAAAUUGUGUGGCCGCCUGCAUGUAUUUGUCUCCAUUGAUAUGUAGAAAGAAAAGCUCAUUAAUGAUUUAAGAAGAGGGUUUUUUUUAUUCAUAGACUUGAUUCUUCCCAUUUUAUAAACAAUAAAGGCAAUAAAUUAACAUCUCAUAAAGUCACAAGUUCAUUGCUGAGUUUAUUUGCAAGAAAGUCUCGACUCCCUGAGCAUAAACAUUCCUGCUCUCACUUCCCCUGCCUGGCUGUUUUAAAAAUGAUCACUCGGCAUAUUUUAACCUAGAAGGGAGGUUAUUAUUCCUGCCUGCCAGCUACCAUCGAGCACCAUAUUUGAACAACUGUCUCAUACAGCAAUUCUUUGACUUCUAGAACGGUAAGUUAUACUAUAGAAAUAGAAAGCUCCCGAUGUCAAAUUUAAGUACAAGCCUUGUUUUCCCCAUGUACCUGUUGUGUAUCACCGAUAACACGGGAGGGGGGUGAUUCCCCUGUCUUCCAACUGUAUCAACCCUCCAUUGACUUCAUCUUCUUGCUUUACACCUAGUUUAAAAAAAAAAAAAGAAUCCAAAUUCCUGCCAAGUCAGGUUUCUCUGUUGGGAAGCAGAUAAGGGGUUGUGCUUCGUAUCUGUGUGCGUGAGCAAGAAGGGCCAACAUCCUUCUUUGUAUUUGCUGACGCCGUGCAGCAAAUACUGAUGACAUCUCCACCGGCUGUUUGCUUUCUCUCAUUGGGUUGGGCAUCUUCGCCUUUGUGUUUUACUGCGGGGGGUAAAAGGUGCUCUUGGUUGUUUCCUUUUAUCUUGCAACUAUUUCUCAUGAGCAGAAAUAGUUCCGCAUGUGUGAAUUCCAGGACUGAACUCCUUUGGGUAGCCAUCUCUUGGGAAAGCCAUUUCACAGGAACCCUGGGCACACACAUCCACAUUCCACGGUCUGAUGUUGUGGUCCUCUGUUUCUCAAUUGCGAAUCCCAACUCCCUAAAUCAUGUGAAAACCAUGUGGUAUCAAGAAAUCAAGCACUUUUGCCCUCGAACACCUGUUGUCCUGGUUGGCUGCCAGCUAGACCUCCGCUACGCCGAUCUGGAAGCUGUCAACCGGGCCAGACGCCCCUUAGCAAGGCCCAUAAAGAGAGGUGACAUUUUGCCCCCAGAAAAGGGCCGAGAGGUGGCGAAGGAACUUGGCAUCCCUUACUACGAGACCAGCGUGUUUGACCAGUUUGGCAUCAAGGACGUGUUCGACAACGCCAUCCGGGCAGCCCUCAUCUCCCGCCGGCACCUGCAGUUCUGGAAAUCCCACUUGAAAAAAGUCCAGAAGCCUCUGCUUCAGGCGCCCUUCCUACCUCCGAAAGCCCCUCCCCCGGUCAUCAAGGUCCCUGAGUGUCCGUCCACGGGGACAAGCGAUGCCGCCUGUUUACUGGACAACCCUCUAUGUGCCGAUGUCCUCUUCGUUCUCCAGGGCCAGGAGCACAUCUUUGCGCACCGCAUUUACCUCGCUACCUCUUCUUCCAAAUUCUACGACCUUUUUUUAAUGGAGUGUGAAGAAUCCCCCGGUUGGGGUGGAGGAGCUGGUGAGGAGGUGCCAUGCAGGGAUUUUCAGGGGCAGAUGCAGAGUAUUGGCCCAGCCGAGGAAGGGAAGACAAGUCCCCAGAGGACCCCUCAGGCUGGUCCAGGAGCUUCUUCAGGCCAGGACCUGCUGGAGAGCCUGGCUUUGCAGACGGAGGCCUCGGGUUCUGAGACGCAGGCCCUGUCCGGCUGGAGCAAGGGGUUUGUCAGCAUGCACAGGGAGGUGCGGGUCAACCCCAUUUCUAAGCGGGUAGGCCCUGUGACCGUAGUCAGGCUGGACCCGUCGAUGCCGUCGGGCCCUUUCCGGACCCUGCUGCGAUUCCUCUACACUGGGCAGCUGGACGAGAAGGAGAAAGACUUGCUGGGGCUGGCCCAGAUGGCCGAGGUCCUGGAGAUGUUCGACCUGAGGAUGAUGGUGGAGAAUAUCAUGAACAAAGAAGCCUUCAUGAACCAGGAGAUCACGAAAGCCUUCCACGUCAGGAAAGCCAACCGGAUCAAAGAGUGUCUCAGCAAGGGCACCUUCUCAGACGUGACAUUCACCUUGGAUGAUGGAGCCAUCAGUGCCCACAAGCCACUGCUGAUCUGCAGCUGCGAGUGGAUGGCCGCCAUGUUCGGGGGCUCCUUUGUGGAAAGCGCCAACAGUGUGGUGCAUCUCCCCAAUAUAAACAAGAUGUCGAUGCAGGCGGUGCUGGAAUACCUCUACACCAAGCAGUUGUCGCCCAACUUGGACCUGGACCCCCUGGAGUUAAUUGCCUUGGCAAACAGAUUUUGCCUGCCGCACUUGGUUGCACUCGUAGAGCAGCACGCUGUCCAGGAGCUCACCAAGGCUGCUAUGAGUGGAGUGAGCAUCGAUGGUGAAGUGCUGUCUUACCUGGAAUUGGCACAGUUUCACAAUGCCAACCAGCUAGCUGCCUGGUGUUUACAUCACAUCUGCACCAACUACAACAGUGUCUGUUCCAAGUUCCGCAAGGAAAUCAAAUCUAAGUCAGCAGACAACCAGGAGUACUUUGAGAGGCACCGCUGGCCCCCCGUGUGGUACCUGAAGGAGGAAGACCACUACCAGCGUGUGAAGAGGGAACGAGAGAAAGAGGACCUUGCGCUGAAGAAGCACUAUUCCAGGAGAAAGUGGUGUUUCUGGCACUCGUCCCCAGCUGUCGCCUGAAGGGGAGAGAGGGGGGACGGCCAUCGGGCCACCUCCACCACUGACAGCUCUACUGUAGAAACCAGUCUCCUUGGCCAUGGGAGCAGUUAGGGUCUGGGGCACUGACUUUCCCACUUGCGUGCAUUUAUUAUCUCCAUCAGGGUCGAAGCACAAGCUCGCCAUCCACACGAGCCUGGACAUAAAAGGAAGCUGGCUGACUCUCCACCGCAUUCCUUCAACCUAUAACCUGUCCUCCUUUUGGGGCGGGGGUGGGAGAGGGGGGAGCUUAAUACACUUUAGUCCAUUAUUUUGUUCCUUUUUAUACAAAGGCAAGCAAAUCCAGCUUUCAUGUUUCAGAUUCCAGAUUGGAAAAUAUUUUUAUACGGUCUCUUGUAUUUCAUUGAAAUGACAAUACUUGUGUAAUACUUUAUUUCAUAGGCCACACAUUGACCGUGACCUUGCGCUCCCCCCCGACCCCCCCCACCCCACCCCCGUUAUUCUAUCAGCCUCGAGUGACCACAGCACUACUCAUAAUUAUAGAGUUACUCUUCUGUUAUGAGAUAAAGGGUUGGGCUGAAAUCCACCCCCAAAGUACAAGCUGGAGGAAGUGUUUAAUCUUUGUGCUGAUGAACAACAUUGUUAUAAUUACCUAUUUACAAGAUUUUUUUUCUAUUUAAGUGCUAGUAAUUAUAUGGUUAUCUGUGCCAGAUAACAAUGGUGAGGGCAAAUAUCCUGCUGUUUGUCUAGAUUCAAGAGGAUAACCCUCAUAAUCACUAGAAGGGCUUAUUAAAUCUGGCUGGCGGACCCGGUUACCGACGACAGAGUUCGAGAGCUACUGUUGGAUGACUGUGUCAGGGUUGGUGGCUCUCAGUGUUCUGUGACUUUGCUGUGCUAAUUCCUGGCAAACCCUCCGGGAGCCUGAACAGAGAUGAGCAAAGGGGGAAAAGGCUCAUCAUCCACCGUCUACAGGUCUGUCGCCUCGGCCCUCACACCCACGGCCAACUUCACUUUGUAAGACACGUAUGUUUUUUAACUCUUCCCAGGGAAAAUUCAGGUCACCCCUAAAGUAGGCCAAGGCAGACCACCUGCUCCUACAGCGGUCCCGCGGAGCCCGUGAAAGCAUAGAGCUGGAGGCCGGGUCUUGCUUUCUCCAGCAGUGAAAGGAGCCGAAUCCCAAGAGCCUAGGGAAUGGUGCUAUUGUGUGGGAGCUCUGACCCCAUGCCCUUUGGGAAGCCCAGUGUUAGAACAGCAGGCGGAGAGCAGGGGAGCUCUCCAGAGGCGUCAACGUCAUCGCCCCUCUGCAGAUUACAAUGUUACAGUACACACGUUCACUCACACGAGUGUGCACACACACACCCACACACACGUUCACUCACACGAGUGUGCACACACCCCCACCCACCAUUAGAGCAUCAAAGCGCCACACCUGCCACGGGAUGUCGUGUGCUGGACACUGGGGCUCAUCCUGUUGGGAGGUCACCUUACUGAUGCUAAGGGCUAUAUUGACUUUGUUUUUUGCUUUCUAGUUUUUUUUUCUGAAGAUGGGAAAGAGACUGUUAAGUCCAAACUCCAAAUGCCAUAUGCGUUUGAAAAAGCUGUGUAGACCACAGGCAGGCAUUUGUUUCUGGUAUGCCACAUACCAGAUACUCGAGCUUAGAAAGACCCAGGAAUGCACUGCCCUCUCAUGGCAGAGAGGGAGUAGCGGAAGAGGGGGACUGAUAAAGCCUUCCCCCCUUCACUGUGUUAAUAGGGCAAGUGACUAAUGGAAGGAGAGGGUAGGUAGAAUGAGAAUAUAUGUCAGGACUCGGGGAGAAAUGGCAUAUAGCCACCUUAAAAUCCUAGAGGUUGUGUUUUCAGUGAGUAGUCCUAGUUGAAUUUAACAGCCAAAGCUCCAUCUAAUUCUACUCUUGCCAAAACAUAACGGACGCAUACAUGAACACAGGGCAUAAGCAAUAAUAUCCACUCAUGAUCUUCACAGCUGCUGGAACCAAGUGGCUGGUUCAUUUGGUUGACACGGAAUAGCCUUUAACCAUGGUGGUUUGUUUCAUGUUUUUUAUUUCAGAAAAAGCCAAUAAAAUUGUUUAGCUAUAAAACAAAUAAA